CUUGUGCCUGCAGAGCAAACAGAAGCCAUUAAUACAAGCUCCCACAGGCACGUAGCAGUGCAUAUUUUCCUGCGUGACAAAGUUGUUUUCUACCUCUGGCUCCAGAUAGAGCAAAAAAAAGAAAAAAAAAAAAAAACCCCCUCCGUAACCCUGUUUAGCCUGAGCCUGUAAGCAAAACUGAUCUGGGAACAGCCCUUGGGGAACCACACCCACCAGCUCUGAAAGGCGGCGUAGGAGGCAGCUCUCCGCAGCUCUCUCGCUCCUCAGUCUCUGGCGGGGAGGCAGUUUGCGCUACACACUCGGACGCACACCACCACCGCCUGCUUAACUCUCCCAGAACCGAGUCCCACACGACAACCACCGCAACCAUGGCCGUCAGCAAAUGCAUCAAGUACUGCCUUUUCUUCUUUAAUUUACUCUUCUGGAUCAGCGGAUGCAUCAUCCUCGGUGUAUCCAUUUAUCUGAAAGUGGACAAGGAUUCAUCCAAGAUCGUCGGUGGGUCCCUCCCGGGGGUCGACCUGCUGAUCGCCAUCGGCGUGAUCAUCAUGGUGCUCGGCUUCCUCGGGUGCUGCGGCGCCAUCAAAGAGAACAAGUGCAUGCUCAUGCUGUUCUUCAUCGGGCUGCUGCUGAUCUUCAUCCUGCUGCUGGCAGCCGGCAUCCUGGGGGCCGUGGGCGAGGACAAGUCCACGGAUUUUAUCAAAGAGCAGCUGAAUAAUCUGGUCCCUCUGUCCGACCAGCCAGAGAGCACGCAGACGGACAUCCAGGCCCUGGAGGUGGAGGGCAAGUGCUGCGGGCUGAUCAAAGGCCCCGAGGACUGGGGCAGCCAGGUGCCCUCCUCCUGCAACUGCAACGACACGACGGCGGCGUGCAGCACCGUCGGAGGCAAGAAGGUCUACAGCACGCCGUGUGCUGAGUUUGUGACCACCUUGUUAAAGAAGAACCUGACCGUGGCUCUUGGAAUAGCUUUCGGUAUUGCAGUCCUGAUGCUGUUUGGAAUGAUCUUCUCCAUGGUCCUGUACUGCCAGAUCGGCAAGGCAGAGACCAGCACCGCCUAACGAAGAGGACGGCCGGACGCUCUAAGGAACACGCGUGCGUUUCAGGAAGGUGAUGGACGAGGAGGGCAUUCUCACACCUGUACCUGAACAAAGUCAACAAGCGACAAACAACACCAUCAGAACUUACUGGGGUGGCAGGUAACCUACCUUUAGGUGGAGUGUUCACUGGUUUAUAAGUCAGCUAUGAAUGUUUAGAAUACAGAAACAAGCUGGGAGAACUGGAGCCAAACACAAGCAAAAUUUCAUACAUACAUACAUACAUAUAUACAUAUAUGCAUAUAUGUAUAUUUGUGUAAUUAUGUAAAAAUUGUCCAGAAUUUAUGAUAUUAACACAAAUUAGACAUGUGACAUCACAGAGGUGAUAUUAAUUGCGUAUCGUAGGGGAAGCGGGUGUAUAAGCUGAAAGUGUGUUUGUUUCAACAUCUGACCCCACAAGGGACAUUUUAACUAGCAUUAGCUAAUGAGCUAGCAUUCGCUAAUGAAGUUAUGUGGAAAAAAACUGGGCUCAGAGUGCAGGCAGUAUUAGCUGGUUUCAGCUUGUGUCUUUACUUAUGUCAUCAGAUUGGAAGCAGGAUUUUUCCAGCAUUGUGGUUGUGGUUCCACUGUGUUUCUGGGCUGACCAGGCACAGCCACAAGCAUCUGUAAUCCACUCAAAAAAAUCUUUUAGGCGAGGGAAAAAAAACCCCACUGUGUUUCAGCUCCUGAUCCUUUGUUUCGGUAAUAUUUAGAGUAAUUCUGACUCUUGGAAAAUAAGCUCUUGGAAAACAGAAGAGACCAGGAUUAUGCCUCUAGUCAAAAGGAUUAAAGAAACCAUUUUAUUUUGGGUCUGUAAUUUUCAGGCGUGUGUUAUAAAAGGGGGGGCUACGAAAGGGCAAUAGAGUACCAAAAUAUGUGCAGCUACUGUACAAUGCAAAUUCAAUAAAAAUAAAACAAACAGAACAUAGCGUAUGUGAGACAAAGGCUCUUUUGCUCUCUGUUGUGAACCUCUGAAGUCAUUUCCUGAAAUGCCAGUUGUGCUCGCCUGUCAAACUGCGCCGCAUUAGUAAAUAACAUUUUAAUGCUAUUAAAUGUAAUGCAAUUACGUUUAUAUGACAUUUACAUUUUAAAUUGAAUGAAAUGUGACGACAUUAAGGCUGUUGAUAUCAUCGCACAAAUCUUCGAGCAAACGAUGUCUUUGACAGUGUUCCUUUUUGCUUUUAAGAAUACUUGCUGUUCGAAAUGCGUGAACAUGCACUGGAGGAUUAGCAAUGUUGAGGUCAGACUAAUUAUUUUAACAUUAUGUAUAAACAUUUCUGAAAUGAUUGUCCAUAUACACAGUACCUUGGCUUCAUGAAAUACAGUUUAUGUACAAUGCAAUCAGAAUUUUAUGUAUCUUCAACAAAAAAACAAACAAAUAAAGCCUAGCCUGCAUUGUA